UUAGCGUGCGUUCAGACAUGCGGGAAUCGUGCGUUUACGAAUCGCGCGGUUUCAAACCGCAAAAUUGUGAUGCUAUUCAGACACGCGCGGUUAGUAUGCGAUUUCGUGCGGGUAAAGCGUCAGUUUCAAAAUGGAGGUCGACGAAGAAGUGUGUUUACUGUGGUUGCUCCUUAAAAAAAAGAAAAGAAAAAGGCGGUAUUGGGUGCAUCCAAUAUUACGUGACCGACUAGUACAUGGUCAGUUCGUAACAUUAUAUCCCAAAUUAAGAAUGUAUGAUAACAAAUUUUUUGACUAUUUGAGAAUGUCAAUAAAAUCUUUUGAUGAACUAAUUGAACUGAUCAGGCAAGAUAUUUCAUGCUCUGAAACGCAUUUGAGGCCAAGCGUGUCACCGGAAGAGAAACUCGUAAUAACUUUAAGAUAUCUUGGUACGGGUUGUUCAUUUGGAGAACUAAGCUACAAUUACCGCCUAGGAAAAUCGACGAUUACUGGAAUUGUCCGCGAAGUAUGUAAAUCAUUGUGGAAUAAGUUGGUAAACAUAGUCAUGCCCGAAGCGACUGAAGAUAUCUGGAAGACAAUAGCACGAGACUUUGAGAGAUAUGCAAAUUUUCCAAAUUGCAUUGGUGCUAUAGACGGCAAGCAUAUCCGAGUUAUAAAGCCUGUUGAUUCGGGUUCUUUGUAUCAUAACUAUAAACAUUACUUUUCCAUAGUGCUCUUAGCACUUUGCGACGCCAACUAUUGCUUUACUUAUGUUGAUAUUGGGGCUUAUGGCAAAAGCAGUGAUUCUGCUAUAUUUAAAAAUUCGGUUUUUUAUAAACGCCUGACAGAAAAAUCAUUAAACAUACCAACACCUAAACCAAUAUCUAAUGUAGACCUAACACCAAUGCCUUAUGUUAUAGUUGGAGAUGAAGCCUUCGGCUUAGCAGAAAAUUUAAUGCGCCCAUAUUCAGGCAAAUGUUUACCAUAUGAAAAAAGGAUUUUUAACUAUAGGUUAUCGAGAGCCCGACGUAAUAUUGAGUGCACUUUUGGUAUUUUGGCGAACAAAUGGCGCAUCUUUCAUAGGCCUAUAAAUGUAAACAUAGAUUUUGCCGAAGAUAUAAUAAAAGCUUCUUGUGUUCUACAUAACUAUGUGCGGACUAGAGAUGGUCUAAAAUUUAAAGAUACUUUAUAUAAUGCACCCAUGACUAAUCUCAAUACCUUGCAUGCGGGAAGAGGGACACCGUCAUCUUUGAAUAUCAGAGAUAAAUUCGCUCAUUACUUUGUGAAUGAUGGGCGUGUUCCAUGGCAAGACACAAAGAUAUAGCUGCAACUAACAUACCGUACUUGUAAUGUUUAGGUACAUAACUAAAUGUAAACAAACGAAAUAUGGUAAUACCGUUGUGACCUUCAUUUGAAAAAUGCUCGAAAUGUCUGCAUAAAGCAGCCGAAGUUUGUUUAUAUUUAUUUAAGUACCUAAAGUAUACGGAGAGUAUAAUAUACGCUUCAUAACAAUAAUUAUAACAUAAUUCUGUCAAUUAUUUUUUGGUGAAUAAACCUACUUACUUAAAAUAUUCUUUUUUUCCACCGUGUCUUCGCAAUUUCCAAAUAUCUCCACCAACUCUUGCCAAGCUCGGUUCUUGAUAAUUUUAUUUGAGUAAUCAUCACACUGAAUGUCCCAUAUUGCAGGUCUCUUCUCCACCUCAUCAAUAAAUAGUUCAGUGUCGAAACGAUCCAUGGCGAACUCGCGAACAGUGACGUGCUCACCGCGCGGUAUCCGCAACGCAACUGAACGCGAAGUAAAGACUCCAUAGUAAUAGAAACGCGCGGGAGCAGCGCGAUUCUAUUUUCUGGCGGUUGGGUUGCGGUAACCGCGCGGCUUGAUUAACCGCGCGGUUAUGUCUGAACGAUUACUAACUAACUCAUAUAAAUAAGACCCGCGCGAUUUCCAUGCGAUUCUAUAAUCGCGCGGUUCCCGCCGUGUCUGAACGAGCGCUUA